AUGGUGUAUCGUCCUGAAUACAUCCGGGCAGUAGACGCUCACUAUCUUUUAAAAGCAGAAAGCGAUGAAUAUGGUUCCAUGACUGUACCCAGUGAUGUUGCUCUACUCUAUCACAUGAGGAGAGUUAAAACGAGCGAUCCGGAUUGGUCAGACUUCAACGUGUCUCGUUCUCAAAUAUUUCAACGAUUUAUCGAGCCAUGCAACGAAUCUUGGCGUAAAAGGCUCAUAACUAUCGCAGAGAUUCCUGGCACUGAAAUUUUGCGAGCGAAGAAGUGGAAUCGAGAAAAGCGGGUCUGUCACUUAUCUGAGUUGAACGCAAAAUGA